UUCGUGCUCUCGUCUGUGGAGUUCAAUUUCCAAUUUGUGCAUUUUUGAAUUAUAAUUUUAAGCAGAAAUGAAUAUUAUCCGGAGCUCGGUGUUAUGCCGUCUGUCCUCAAAUGUGCCGAAAUUUCUCUCGACGUCCUCCGUCAGACUGAACAGCUCCGAGAUUCCGAAGAACGUUAUCGCUGAUCUCUCGACGGCCCAGCAUCAGCAGCCCGAUGGGUUGGUGUACGAUAAGAAGCCGUUCAAGAUCGAUCUGGAAGAGGGCAAACGAUACUCGUGGUGCCUGUGCGGCAAGUCCAAGUCACAGCCCCUGUGCGACGGAACACACAAGCUGGUGCAGUACAAAAUUACGCUAAAGCCGGUGCGAUUCCAGGUGGAGAAAACCGGCACUUACUGGUUAUGCAACUGUAAGCACACCAAAAACCGUCCCUUCUGCGACGGCACUCACAAGAGUGAAGACAUCCAAUCAAAGGCUGGAAAGUGAGGGGUUUCUCGAGAAAAGUUUUGAGAUUUUUUGAGUUGAAAUAGAUGCAAUGUUUGACAUUGAAAA